AAGAGGCAGGGGCAGGGGCAGGAGUACCGCCCUGGGCUCGGUUCGCAGCGGGCAGCAGGCUGCGGCUCUCGGCCAGAGCGGGCUGUUUCCAGGCGGUGGGAGCGGCGGUUCGGAUGAGGAAAAGCCUCCUCCUGCUCUUGCAAUACCGGGGCCUCAGGAGGCGGGCGAAGAGCAAACGGCGGAAAUGGCCACAUUCACCGUGCGGAUGGCCACUGCCCGCGACUGUACCGACAUCCUCCGCCUGAUCAAGGAACUUGCAAGAUAUGAAGAAAUGGAAAAUUGUGUGAAAUUGACUGAAAAAGACUUGCUCGAAGAUGGCUUUGGGGAACAUCCAUUUUAUCACUGCCUUCUUGCAGAAGUGCCAGCUGAAUAUGUGACUUGUGAAGGACACAGCAUUGUAGGAUAUGCUAUGUACUACUACACAUAUGAUGCUUGGAUUGGAAAAAUACUAUAUCUUGAAGAUUUCUAUGUCAUGGAAAAAUUCAGAGGGAUUGGAAUUGGUUCAGAAAUACUAAAGAAGAUCAGUCAGACUGCUGUUCAGGACCACUGCAGCAGCAUGCACUUCAUCGUAGCAGACUGGAACCACAAAUCAAUUGACUUCUACAAGAAGCACGGUGCUGCAGAUCUAUCCAAGAAGGAGGGAUGGAGUCUGUUUGAAAUUCAAAAGAAGCACUUGGUUAAAAUGGCAAAUGAGGAAUGAAAACCUGUCUGAAGCAUGGAUUUUAGAUUUAUUCUGAGACUACGUCAAUCAAAAGUUCUAUUUUAUCUUUGUAGAUUUUAAAUCUCAAUUUAAUUGUUUGUUGAAUAGUCACUUGAAAAUAAUUAUUUAGCAAUAUUAUUAGAAACUCAGCUAUUUAAUCAUUCAGAUAUUAGUCUGAUCUGGUACAUUGUUAAUAAAUCCUGUAACGAUGAUUGUAGAGUGGGUUAAUACUGCUUAAGCCAACCAAACAUUUUGCUGCCUGCCUAUUAGGAAAUGACCUGCUAUGAUAGGCCUGGUUUUAUUGUAUGUAUUGCUUCACUUGGAUACAGUGUCGAUAUGGAGAAAUGCUGUCUUUUUCUUUCUGUACAUAAAUAAAAUUAUAGGUUAUUGUU